CUGGGGGCCCCUUCCUGAGCGCCCCGGCCCCUCCCUCCUCCACCUCCUCCCCCCCUCCUCCUCCCCGCGGCGCCCCCGCCCCGCCCCGCCCCCGCCGAGACCCCGACCCCGGCCCCAAGGGCGGACACUCGGCCAGGCAGCCGCGGGCCGAGCGCAGCCGCCUCCGCCGCCGAUGUGCCUGGUGGCCAGACUCCAAGUGGGACCGGCGGACACGCAGACUCGCGCCAACGGCCGCCCCGGGAGAGGCCCCGGCGCAUGAAUCAUCCUCGCUUCCUGCCCCCGCCCGGCCCCGCGGUCCGGGUGCCGCGGAUUUGAACUGGACGCCGACGGGAACCCGCAAACAGUGUCAGUGGAAGCUGAUGGAGACUCGAGCUCUGGACCCAGGGACUCGGGACUCCUAUGGUGCUACCAGCCACCUCCCCAGCAAGGGGGCCCUGGUGAAGGCCAGGAACAACUUCAAAGACCUGAUGUCCAAGCUGACGGAGGGCCAGUAUGUGCUGUGCCGGUGGACAGACGGGCUGUAUUACCUCGGGAAGAUCAAGAGGGUCAGCAGUUCUAAGCAGAGCUGCCUCGUGACUUUUGAAGAUAAUUCUAAAUACUGGGUCUUGUGGAAGGACAUACAACAUGCUGGCGUCCCAGGUGAGGAGCCCAAGUGCAACAUCUGCCUGGGGAAGACGUCGGGGCCAUUGAAUGAGAUCCUCAUCUGUGGCAAGUGUGGCCUGGGUUACCACCAGCAGUGCCACAUCCCCAUAGCGGGCAGUGCCGACCGGCCCCUGCUCACGCCCUGGUUCUGCCGACGCUGCAUCUUUGCACUGGCCGUGCGGAAAGGUGGCGCGCUGAAGAAGGGCGCCAUCGCCAGGACGCUGCAGGCCGUGAAGAUGGUGCUGUCCUACCAGCCCGAGGAGCUCGAGUGGGACUCGCCGCAUCGCACCAACCAGCAGCAGUGCUACUGCUACUGCGGUGGGCCCGGAGAGUGGUACCUGCGGAUGCUGCAGUGUUACCGGUGCAGGCAGUGGUUCCACGAGGCCUGCACCCAGUGCCUCAAUGAGCCCAUGAUGUUUGGAGACCGGUUCUACCUGUUCUUCUGCUCCGUGUGUAACCAGGGCCCAGAAUACAUCCAGAGGCUGCCCCUGCGAUGGGUGGACGUGGUUCACCUGGCCCUCUACAACUUGGGGGUGCAGAGCAAGAAGAAGUACUUUGACUUUGAGGAGAUUCUGGCUUUUGUCAACCACCACUGGGAGCUCCUGCAGCUUGGCAAGCUGACCAGCACCCCCGUGACAGAUCGAGGACCUCAUCUCCUCAACGCUCUGAACAGUUACAAAAGCCGGUUCCUCUGUGGCAAGGAGAUCAAGAAGAAGAAGUGCAUUUUCCGCUUGCGCAUCCGCGUCCCCCCCAACCCUCCAGGGAAGCUGCUGCCCGAGAAGGGGCUGGUGCCCAACGAGAAUGGUGCCUCCUCUGAGCUGCGCAAGAGAGGAAAGAACAAGCCUGGUUUGUUGCCUCAUGAAUUCCAGCAGCAGAAAAGGCGAGUUUAUAGAAGAAAAAGAUCAAAGUUUUUGCUGGAAGAUGCUAUUCCCAGUAGUGACUUCACCUCGGCCUGGAGCACUAACCACCACCUGGCCAGCAUAUUUGACUUCACGCUGGAUGAAAUUCAGAGUUUGAAAAGUGCCAGCUCAGGCCAGACUUUCUUCUCUGAUGUGGACUCAACGGAUGCUGCCAGCACUUCUGGCUCUGCCUCCACCAGCCUCUCCUAUGACUCCAGACGGACAGUGGGCAGCCGUAAGAGGAAGCUGGCAGCCAAAGCAUAUAUGCCACUGCGGGCAAAGCGGCGGGCAGCUGAGCUGGGUGGACGUUGCCCCUCAGACAGCAGUGCAGAGGGGACUUCGGGCCCUGAACAGCCAGAUGAAGGCAUCGACAGCCACACCUUUGAAAGCAUCAGUGAAGAUGACUCCUCCUUGUCCCACCUCAAAUCAUCCAUCACCAACUACUUUGGUGCAGCUGGGAGGCUGGCCUGUGGGGAGAAGUACCAGGUGUUAGCUCGGAGGGUCACACCUGAGGGCAAGGUUCAGUAUCUGGUAGAGUGGGAAGGGACCACCCCUUACUGACUAGCCCUCAGGGAACACUGGGGGCCCUGGAAACCAAAGGAGGGAAGGAGGAAGCUACAGUUUCCCUAGUUCUCUCCAGGCUGGGGUGGGGAAGGAAGCAGGACAGGGCUGCAAGUGCCUGGCAAAAAUCCCUGCCCAUCUGCUUGCCAACCAGGGAGGCUCUGCCCAGGCCAAGAGCUGUGCCUGUGCUGUGUCCCUUCUGCUCUUGGACCACCUCAGGCUCAUCAGCCCCUUUGCCUGUGUCUCUCAGGUCCUGCUGGCCAUUUCUCAGUGUCUCCACACACUCUCCACCCCAGCCCCUCAAAUUCCUUGGAAUUCGUGUCCCCUGGUUCUGUGACCCUGUCUCCUGAGGCCUGAAUCUUUUUCUCUGUCUCCAGUUCUGUGCCCCUUUACCUGACUCUCAUCCCUUUUUGGGUACGUGUGUUUACACACCCUACAUGUGCACAGAUGCCCUUCACACCUGACCCAUGGGGCAGCUAGUCCUCCCAGGCACCACGCCAUGAGAACAGGGAACUUUUGAGAGAGAAUGGGUGAAGGUGGGUAAGAGGAUACCUCUCAGAGCUUUUCUCUCCUACUUUCCUGCCACUCCCCCUCAUCCCUGGAAAGAGAGGGAGAACACCUCGGGAAAGCCUUUGUGGCAGAGACCCUGGCCCUUAGGAUCCAAGUGUGAAGAGGCUGGGUCUCUGCCUCAGAAGGCACCAGCAACCAGGGCCCAGCUGAGGCUUAGAGAAGGCUGUACGUGUCAGCUUCUGAGAUCAGGAAAGUUUUCCUUCCCCUGGCCACACACCCCCUUGGUUGCCAUGGAGCUGGGUCUGGCCUUGUUGCUGGAAUGGAGGCGUGCUUGAAAACCUGAGGGACAGGGAGGAAGGGAAGCCAUGUCCCGCUACACCCUAGAGUUUCCUGACCUGUCACCCCCAGACCACACCACACACACAGCCGAAACAGUACACAUCCAUUCACACAGAGCUUACAUCCACUUGUGCUGUUUCCCUCUAGGCACACACAGACACACACCUCCACACAAUACCAUACAUCCAGGCACAGCCAUUCGGCCCCACCCUCCGAGUGUACACACACGGCCACAUUCCCUCCUGCCUGUCACUUUCUCUGGCUUUGUUCUAGGGGCUGUGUGCUGCAAAGUAAAUGUGAAAGCCUAGCUCCUGCCCUUCUUCCAGCCCACAAACCAGCUUUGGCUCCAAAGGGAAACAAAGGGGACUCAUACCCUCUUCCAUAUCCCCUACCCCACUCUGAAAUGACAAUCACUUUUUGGAUAGGUUGGGAUUUUUAGAGGGCCUGUCAUUCAGUCCCCUCAAGGAAAGCCUUUGUUGGUGGAUAUUUAAAUAGAAUUCUUAGAACCUAUGCUCAAACUCAGCCCUAUCUGGAGACCAAAAGUGGGAGGGGGAAGGGACCCCUCAUUUUUGCUGCUUCCAGAUACUAGAAACUGACUCACUUGAUCGGAAAAUGGAAAGAAGUGCCUUGACUUGGAGGGGGGCGGGGGCACCAGAUGGGGACCGGCCUUGCCAGCUGCUGCUGUGGCCUUCAGUUUGGUGGGUCUUGUGGGCCACCAGCUGGAAGGCGAAGAUGGAUGGAGCUGUGCGAGACGGGUGGUGGCAGCAGGCUGUUUUUUUUCUUUACUAGCUGUGACCCCCCCCCCAUCUUAGUGUUCAGGGGGUCCCUGAGAUAGUUCAGAUGUCGUCUGCCUCAAACCUCAGCUCCUACAGUGCCUUUCAAAUAGGAUCUCACUCCUGUGCUCAGCCGGGCACUUCGCUCUGCUUCCCCAGUAUGGCCCAGGCAGGGAAGAGCUGGGGUUGGGCCCAGUUCUCCCCCUUCUCAGCCCCACAGCUGCUGCCACUGAGGCCCCCGACUUGGGCCAGGUGGAAGAGGAGCUGAGAGGCCAGUCCCCAGCCCAGCAGGGGUGUGGGACCUCAGAUCCAACCUUUGGCCUUUUGCCUGGCUUCAGAGCACAGCAGCCUCCCAGGGCUGCUUUCCAGGCUUUCUGAGCAAGGCCUGUUACAGUGCCUCUGCACCUUCCCUGCUCAGGUUCCAGAGGGCUUGAAGAGGGGGGAAAGUGGGGGGGAGGGCGGGGAGUCUUCCCUACUUGGGAAGUCAGCACAAGACCUAGCAAGGUCACUCCGACUCCCCAUCCCAGCGUUUCAUUUGUACCAGAUAAUAGCUGCAUUACUGCCAACUGACCUUAUAACCCUGUGCACCUUCUAAAAGAUUUAUGGUUUUGAGUUGCUGCUUUUAAUAACAGUUGUUAUAUUAAAGUUAUAAUUAAUGUGUCUGAUUUACAAUGUAAAA